CCAACUUUCGCGCAACUACCACUACGACGCGCCUCGAUGUCGAUCUCAGUGGAAGAAGCUAUACAACAACUGCGGGAAGUCAGGGCUCUCGUGGUGCCAGACGAGGACUACCUUGGCCUAGUUUCAACCGAAGAAACUAUCGCGCUUACCGAAUCUAAUAGGCGAAAGGAGCUAGAGGAGUUGCAUUCGAAUUUGAAAGCACUCUCCAAGAUCGUCGAGGCCGCUCGUGUCUCGGCGACUCGACCAUCCACAGUUCCCACCGCAGAGAUGCACGCCGCCACAUUGAAUGAACUCGACGAAUCCAGCCUUUCCUUGGCGAAAUCUAUUCAGGAAGCAGAGGGUUUGGUCGCCAGCAAGGAGGGAGAGCUUGCUUCGCUCAAAGACAAAGCCCGGCGAUUAGAGUACUACGAUCCAGCCGCAGAACACGAGAAAGAGCUGGAUGGUGCUGCACUCCGACUGCAGAUCUACAAGAGACUGGGGUUUCAGCCUGUCACCGACAAGAGUGGCGGACUCAAAAAGAUGCUCGUUCGCUCUUCGGAAGGCGACAUUCAUAUAGUAGAUUUCUCGGAGGGGAGAACAGACUUUGAGUACGCGGAGCAACUUUGGAAAGCGGCCAGUUCAUAAAGACUUGGCUAUGUGUCUGUAAGAUAACGACUGAGGAUGUAUUAUUGUGCAGCAGCGGCACUGGCUCGCAAGCCAUCUUUAAGCACCCAGAUCUUGUUGACCUUGCACUUCUCUGCGACUUCUCGGACCUUGGCCUCGAUCGAGUUUUUCUUGACUUUAUGUUGUCGUAAAUCCUGAUAGAUGGUAUCGAUGAGGAUGGGGAAGCUGCCAGUUUGUAUCCUGGAUAUCCUUUCCAGAAGGAAUGCCAA